UUUAAAGAUCGUACAAGCCUGGUCUGAGCCUUAAUCGAGCCGAGUUCUACUGAUUCAUCAAAAUGCAUUGAUUCAUUCAUUCACAGCCCUACACAGCACGUGAAUAAUUCGUUCGCAGCUCCCUCUAAACCUCGUGUUCUCAGUUUCUUUCAGCACGGAGCCCUUCUUUUUCCUCCGGUGCUUCCUUCUGCUCCGUUCUCGCUGCUUAUACCUAUAGUGAGAAGACAGGAUUUAUCCAUCCGGUGCGUUGGUUCCUGUCUCCCCUCCCUUUCUCCCGCCAAAAUACCCAAAACCCUCCAUGCAGAAUCAGGCACGAAACCCUCGACGACAACCAUUUUCUUGUAGGAGAAGAUGGGAUUUAUCUAUUAUGCGAUCUCCAAAUCCACCCAGGAACAUCGCUACGAGCUUCAAGUGGCUCCUUCUCUUCCAUCAAGUUCACGGCUGCAGGAAAGCUAGGAAACCUUAUCAACGUGUAGAACUCCUAGAAAAUCUCCAUUGCCGCUACUGAGCUGGUGAAGUCCAUGGCAUCUCGAAGCCAAAGCCAGGGUUGGUCUGGUCAAGAUACAGGGGAAGCUAUCGGAUUUGCGGGAAAAACUACAUAAUUCAUGCUGAGAUUCCGCUGCUAGAGAGCCGCGAACUCGCAACAAAAUAGACUCGAGUAUUCUUUGCUCUUCCAAAAUGAUUUUCUGCUAAUUGCUGGAAGCAACAGUUUAUGCGCUGCUCCGUUUAACGGUAGUGGCCGGCAUGGAGAAGACAGAGAAAAGCAUAGAAGCUGCCGGCGGCGAUUCACAGGCUUCCCCCUCUGCCCCCUCCAUCACUGUCAAUGUGAAGUUCCGCGGCGAAAAGAUCCCAAUCUCCCUUUCUCCUGAAUCCACCGUUGGGGAUCUAAAGUCCCGCCUCCAGCCUCUUACCUACACCCCUCCUCUCGCUCAGAAGCUUAUAUAUAAAGGUAAAGUUCUCAUAGAUUCUGAGAGUUUGCAGUCAUUGCAGAUAACUAGCAGCUCCAAAAUUAUGAUGACACCUUCUUAUAGUCAGCUCAAAGCGGAUGUGCCGCUUACGGAACCCGCUUCACCUGCUGUACCAAACUUAAUGACGGAUAAUUUGGCUGCAUUGUCCAUCGAGGCAAACCAAAUUCUACAUUGGAGGAUAGGUGGUGUUGUAGCUUUGGGAAGGCGCCAGUUGAAGGAUAUUCCUAAUGAUGUCUGGUAUUGCGCAUUGCAUGUUAGAAUAUUGGAUGUCAGCGACAAUUACAUUCAAGAAUUGCCAGAGAAAAUUGGUGAUUUUAAGUCAUUGAUUAAUCUGAACCUGAAUGGAAAUGAUUUAUCUGAUGAGAAGAUUAGCUGGGUUGGCCUUACACAGCUGAAGUUUUUAGGAGUACUAUCUCUUAACAGUAACAAAUUAACUACUUUGCCACCUGCUUUGGGUAGCUUGACCUCUCUUGCUCAACUCCAUAUUGCAAAUAACAUGCUAACAUGCUUACCAGAUGAACUUGGAUGUCUGAAUCAGCUUCAAAUUUUCAAUGCAGACUACAAUAGGAUAAGCUCGUUGCCUGCAACAAUUGGAAAUUGUUCCUCGCUUGAUGAGAUAUCUAUCUCAAAUAAUUUUUUGACCGAAUUACCAGAAACAAUUGAAGAUUUAAAAAAUCUGAAGAUUUUGCGACUGAAUAACAAUUAUGGCCUAAAUUCAAUUCCUUCAAACUUGUUUACAAUGUGCACAAAACUGGAAAUACUUCGUGUUGAUCAAACAGGAAUCACAAUCGAUCAUCUUCAUCAGAUGGAUGGAUAUGAAGAAUUUGAUGCUCGCAGGCUUCAGAUAUUUAUGAAUAAACUUGAUUUCCUUCGAUCAUCAAGAACAUUUGAAGAUCAUAAUGAACGCAGAAGUUGAAACUUUUAUGAUAAGAAUCCUCCGCCGCGACUCUGGAAAAACCUUCAUGGUCCCUCUGUCUUCUGAUUAGAACAUCUUCUCUACUCUGCUGGAGGAGAAUCAAAAAGCAAAACAUACCAUUCAGGCUUGGAGAGUACAUCCAUCCUCUUCCCCCACCUUCCUAACAC